UUGCAGGCGGGCGGGCGGGCGGCUGGGAGCGGGCCGGGGCCGCUCCUUGCACGGAGCAGCCGGAUCGGGCCCCCGCGCACGCACGGCGCUCCUGGCCAGGUGCCCGUGGCGUUUGAGGACGUCGCUGUCUAUUUCUCAGCAGAGGAGUGGGCAGAGCUGGCAGGAUGGCAGCGGGAGCUCUACCGGGAGGUGAUGAAGGAGAAUUACGAGCUCAUCUCUUUUCUGGGAUGCCCCAGUACCAAGCCAGAGCUCAUCUGCCAGCUGGAGAAAGGAGAGGAGCUGUACGUGUGGGAUCCCCAGGGCUGGAGAGCUGGAUGCAGACCCCCAGAUACUUGGGCAGCAGGCCACGUGAUCAUCGUUAAAAGGGAGGAAGAAGAGGAGGAAUGGCUCUGCGAGGAAGGUGCUGGCAUGCUGGCCGCACGUGGCAGAACAGUAGAGAAAUCCUUUCCGUCCUCAGCUCUGAGCUGCCGGACCCAGGGGCAGCAGAGGAGCCCGUCUGGGGGCACCGAGGACCACGAAGCCCACGGUGCCCCCCACGGGAUAGCGGCCGAGCGGCCCCACGCCUGCCCCGACUGCGCCAAGUGCUUCAAGGACAAGACGGCGCUGCUCAUCCACCGACGCGUCCACACCGGGGAGAGGCCGUUCGCUUGCCCCGAGUGCGGGCGCGCCUUCACGCAGAAGCAGCACCUCACCACCCACCUGCGCACCCACGCGGCCGAGCGCCCCUUCACCUGCGCCCAGUGCGGCGGCUGCUUCCGCCUGCGCCAGGCCUUCCUCGCCCACCUGCGGGGGCACGCCGGGGAGCCGCCCUUCACCUGCGAGGCGUGCGGGAAGGUCUUCCACCACAAGCACCACCUGCUCACCCACCGGCGCGUGCACACGGGCGAACGCCCCUUCCCCUGCGCCCAGUGCGAGAAGCGCUUCACCCAGAAGCACCACCUGCUCAGCCACCAGCGCACCCACUCCGGCAGCCGGCCCUUCCAGUGCGCCCAGUGCGGCAAGCGCUUCAAGGACAAGACGCCCUUGAGCAUCCACCAAGUGGUGCACACGGGGGCCAAGCCUUUCGCCUGCGAGGCCUGCGGGAAGAUCUUCAGCCACAAGCACCACUUGGUGAUCCACCGGCGCGUGCACACGGGGGAGAAGCCCUUCUCCUGCCCCGAGUGCCAGAAGCGCUUCACGCAGAAGCACCACCUGCUCAGCCACCGGCGCAUCCACACCGGCGAGCGCCCCUACCCCUGCACCCACUGCGGCAGGAGCUUCAAGGACAAGAUCACCCUCAAGCUGCACGUCCGGCUUCACACGGGGGAGAAGCCCUUCUCCUGCCCUGACUGUGGGGAAAGCUUCCGGCUGCGCAAGGUGCUGCUCACCCACCAGCGGGUCCACGCAGGGCAGGGCCCGCUCAUCUGCACCCACUGUGGCAAGAGCUUCCGGCAGGCGCAGCGCCUGGCCAUGCACCAGAGGAGCCACCAAGGCCAGGUCCGGCCCUUCCGGUGCGUCUGGUGCGGGGAGAGCUUCUCCCAGGAGCAGCAGCUCCUGCUGCACCAGCACGUCCACGCCACCAGCUGCCCAGAGCCCCCAGUCGAGGUCCCUGAGAAGUCCCCGGCAGCACCCCCUGUGAGUUAAGCUGGUCAUCCCCAGGCCUGCUAAAGCAGCUUUGGUAAAGCUGUGCAGACCCCCGGGGGACUCCCAGAAGCAGCGGUCUGAUCUAGGAGCAGGAAAGAAACACCAUCGUGGUAUCGGCAGUGCUGUCAGGCUGCGCGUGCUCUGCUCUGCGAAGCUGACCCGGGGUAGAAACCAAAGACUCCUCAUGAUGGGCGUCAAAGCCAUCCUGCAAUAGCCCAGGUCAUUUUUCCUGUAAAAAUAGCCGACCUCAUCCAUGGGGGAACCGUUAUCAAAACGGGGAGCAGAGAUGCAAAGCAAUCCUGUCGGUAUCUUCUGAUAGCCCUUUGCAGGGUUUGGGCACAGCCUCCUCACCCUCUCCACCAGUCCUCCACCUUGCUCCACUCACUGGAAAUGAAAAGACUGGGAAGGAGGUUUCCUCUCCCUCAGCAGAUCGGGUGCAGGGGAUCAUUUCUUCCUGGGUCCAGCAGAAUUGUGUUUUCUGAGCAGCAGAGAGGAUCCCAGAAGCUCCUGCUUCUGUUUGUUAAGUGCAAAAAAGCAUCAUGGCAGACAAGGGUAUUCGGGUAGAUGUGAUAUCUUUUAUUAGUUGGCCUAUAAACUAAUGGUCUACUAGUUUAGACUAAUUAGUCUAUAGACUAAUGGUGUAUAAACUUAGUUGGUUUUAUUAGACAAACUAAUAAAAGAUAUCACGUCUACCCAAAGACCCUUGUCUGCCCAUGUCCUUAGACUAACACGGCUAAAACCAACACAACAAAGAGCAUCGUGGUGACUGGUGUUCCCCUUGCUCGCUCUGAGCAAGAAUGAGCAUUUAUACAGCAGGUUACAGGUGCUCAGACCCUGGGAGGGACCUGUGGAGAGCUGUGGGAAGCACCUUGCACACACGCGGGUCUCUGCUUCCCUGUGGAGGGAUAUGCACGGACAGAAGAAUGCAGUUGGGAAGUUUUGAGAUGGGAAGUCCAGUUCCUCCUGCAGGGUUAAGGCCAGCCGGUUCCCCAGCGCCCAUUUCUAGCCCCCUGUCCAGCUACGUCUAUGCUGUGUGGCUUCCUUGGGCUGGUGAUUUCACAGCCCACUACAUCACGUCUCUAGGAAGUUAUCUUGAUACUCUCCCUUCCUCUAUUGCACCUGAUAUCCCUGUAGGUCAUGGGCUUCUGGGCAUGAGAAAUCCCUGUGUGGGAGAGAAAGGGGAUGAUGGGAUGUGCCGCUGUCUUGGCAGGUGUCCGCACCCUGCCUUAUGGCAUCUCAUCUUCCUGUUGCUCUUGUUCGACCCCUUUGUGCUUGAAAUGCAUGUGCUGUGCGCGGCUCUGUUUUGCUCUCACUGCUGCAGCAGAUGGAUCAGCCCCCGGGAAUGUCCCAGCACCCCUCUCCUCUGACAGGUUCAGCUUUGGGGAGAGAUGACAAAAAACAUUUUCAUGGUUUUAUUGGACCCCCUGUAAUCAUUGGGAGAGAUGUUGUACAAGCUUCUGAGCACAAAGAGUCCUUGCCUAACCUCUCUCCCCGUGAUACAGUUGAUCCGGUAAAAGAUAUUACCAAAGAAACCUUGCUUCUCAUUCAUCCUCUGGAUCAUCACAGCUACAACCGCGCUCCUAGCCCAUGGAGAGCAAAGGCUGCAGCCAAGUGCAAGUGCAGCCAGAAGGCAAACAGGGAGGGACCUGUCAGUGACAGAUGUGCUCAGAUAGUCCAGUGGUGAGCACCAAAAAAUGUCUGGUAAGAGAAACACAGAACUGAAUCGCAUCCACAAGCGAAUCGGUAACCAGAAAAAGGUACAGGACUCUGUCUUGUACCUUCUGGCAGUGAAUAGGAAACUCUCUAGGAUCGCUGCGAGACGGGGAAGACAUAGGAUCAGCAUGCAUCAGGAAGGCGCUAGCUUGUGCGGUGAAUGCAAGAGAAAUCCUGCCCUCCAGAACCCCGCUGGGAGGACUCUGCCUCUUUGGUGGCUCCAAAAAACGACUUUGCAAUGACACCAGAUACUUUCACUUAAGUACCUGACCCACCUGGAAUCUCAGAGGCUUCUGUGACCCCCCAAAAGACUGAAAUAUGUAGUCAAUGUUAUCUUUUCCUAGGAUAAAUUAAGCUAUCUGAUCAUGUGUAUUGAAAUCCAUGUGUAUGUAACACCCCUUUCGAGCUCAAACAGGCCGUUGCACAUAUUAGGAGAUAAUGUAACAGAUAAAUAUGUGUGUGACUGUGAACAACUGGUGAAUAUAUAAGAGGGACAUUAGAUGACAAGCCUGAGCACUUAAGUGAGCACUUCCCAACUUCAGAUGGCGUGCAAACAUUUUAUAAGGCAUCCUUCACCGAAUCAUAGAUCAACACUCCUACCAGUGCAGCCCAGGAUGCCGUUAGUCUUCUUUGCAAUAAGGGCACACUGCUGGCUCCUGUUCAGCUUCUUGUCCCGUCCCCCCAGGUCCUUUUCUGCAGAGCCGUUGCC